CGCGCGGCGCCGACGCCGCGUCUCGACGGCGCCGCGUCUCGACGGCGACGCGCCGACGCGCCGACGGCGCCGACGCGCGACGACCGUCGAGGGCGCGCGCGAACGCGCGCGGGCGAGAACCCGAACGCGCGAGAACCUGAACGAAUCGUCGCGGGGCGUCGAACCCGCGGACGCGGGACGCGGGACGCGGGACGGCGCGGACGACGAUCGGAACGACGACGACGACGACGACGAUGGCGGAGGACGGCGACGAUCCGGGGCUGGUGUCGUUCGAUGAGCUGGCGAGCGUGGGGACGAUGCGGGCGGAGGACGCGCCGCGAGGGUCGUCGCCGGCGGCGAACGAGGAGGAUAGUUUCGGGAGCGCGACGAGCGAGGGGCAGGCGUCGCCGGCGCCGACGAUGAUGAGGAGCGUGUUGACGCGGAAACCGUCGGUGGCGGCGCUGAAGGCGAUGUUGAUGAGCGAGCGGGAUGAGGAAGGGGCGGGGGAGGGGAGCGAGACGGACGAGGACGAGGGGGUGUGCUCGCUCAGCGAGUUCGCGAUGGUGUUGAACGCGGCGGCGUGGGACGAUGCAUCGGUCGGGGCGUUGGGCGUCGAAGUCAUCGUGAAGCAGCUCGAACUCUUGCGAGGGAAAAUCGCGCCAGAGGCGUCUCUGAGCAGCAUGUUGGGGUUUGAUCUCGCGGAAGACUUGUCGGUACGCGCUAACAGCGCUGGUAUGGUGAGCGUAGGUGCGAUCGGAAACGUUCUCUACCGCGGUUUGUCGCGAUCACGGAGCGUGGCGACGCUCUCGAGCGACCGGGAAAGAUUUGAAGACAUCCUCGAUCGACGCGCGGUGAAGAAUAUAUCAAAGGUGCUCGGUGGAGGCGAUGAAGACGCGAUCAUCACUUCUGAGGAUCUUAAAGCUAAGCUAGAUUACUAUGGAGUGCGAUCAAGCAUGACGGACAUCAUUUCCAUCAUGACACAAGCCGACAUCGAGAGCACGGGCGUGGUCAAGGUUGGGGAUCUCAGUCGGUUGUUGGCGCGAGAGCUCGAGCAGUUGCGAGGUUUGCUCGAUGAGAAAGUCGAUAAUUCGAAAAGUGAAAGAUUUAGAGUUUCUUUAGACAUUGAACGCGACGGCGCAGAAACGAGCAACAGUCUGUUGAAAGGCCAAGCCACCUUUGGCGUACUUCAACGGUUUCCGACGGCGCGCAAAGACAGACAAAAGCCGGGGCGUUUGCUGUGGGCGAAAGAUGACGAAAUGUGCGCGGUGUGUCUAUUCGAUCGAUCCGGGACGAUGAUGGUAGAAGAACAAGGUCAACUGAUAGAUCUACCCACCAAGCUCGAUUAUUUCACCGAUGUUGCGCGCGAUGCAGACACGCGAACCAUCGUCCAUCUUCCCGCGCCGCCGCCUCAGGAACAGGAGAAAAAGAAGGGUGGAUUCGCCAGCUUCUUCUGCUGCUUUUCCGCUUGAGCGCUCGCACAGAACGAUAAUUGAUGUCAAUCUUUCCAUC